AUGCAACGUUUAGCUGAUUAUUUUCUUGUGGUAGGAUAUGAUCACGAUGAAGAACGUGGUGGUCGUUCCUGUGGUAAAAUAAUUCAACGAUUUCCGGAUAAAGAUUGGCCUGAUUGUCUAUUUAAUCCACGUAUUAUACAUUUUUGUCAGCCACAAGGAUGGAUAUUAACACCAAAAUAUGAAUUACCAACAUUUUUUAUAUCAAUUCUGACUGAUCUAGAUGGUUUAAGACAUUAUUGUGCUUGUUUAACAUUUCAUCAAACACUUCUCCCAGCAACAAAUAAUACUUUAUUGAACAAAAAUAAUACAUGCAGUGAUGAAGCUGAUGACACUGCUUUUCUCAUACCUCGAACACAAAUGUAUGCACCAAAAUGUUUGGUACUUACAUCAAAAUUAGAUUGUUUCGAAGCAUUUAGAAAUUGUCUUGGCAUUGUCUAUACGAUGUAUGUCGAACCUUCGUCAGAUAUUCGAAUCGAAACAAUUGUUGGCAAUAUUCUUGCCAAUAUCAAUGUGCCGCCAGCUGGUGGGCAUACUCUUCGUUUUUCAAUUGGUGCUGAUGAUCGGCAAGUCAUACAACCGCCUGCUAGUCCGUCAGUACCAUGUACUGGCCUAUCUGUAUAUAAUCUAUUUAAGGAAUUAGGAAUCGAUCAUGUCGUCACAAUAUUUUGUGCUGCAUUGUCAGAUAUAAAACUUUUAUUCUUUUCACGAAGCUAUUGGAAAUUAACAGAAGCUUGCAAAGCUGUGGAGUCUCUUUUAUAUCCACUUAAAUAUUGUUAUACAUUUAUACCUGUGCUUCCAUUCGAUUUGAUUGAAGUGCUCGAUGCACCAACUCCUUUCAUAAUUGGUGUUCAUUCAGAUCAAAAAUUACAAGCUUUAUCUAAUUUCGAUGGCUUAUGGAUUGAUUUAGAUGGGGCAAGUGUUCAUUUAACAGAAAAUGUUAAGCUUGCUGCAAUGCCUGAAAAGCCAUACAAUCGUAUAUUAUCUUCAUUAUUUCAAAUUCUGAAGCCUGAUAUUCAUGCAGCUGAUUUGGCGUUUCCAUUAAAUGGUCGCAUGAGUUUAAAAUUAGACAGUGGAAGUCAAAUAGUAGCUGAUUAUCCAAAAUAUAAAGAAGAAUCAAACAAAGACAAGCAAAUUCGUGCAAUUUUUGUUCGAUUUUUUUCUGAAUUAUUUGCUGGUUAUCGUUCAUGUCUAUUAAUUACUCGUAUUAAUCCAAGACCAGUCAUUUCAUUUCAUAAAGCAAGUUUUCUUGGUCAUCAUCGAUUAGUCAAAGAUGAAUUUAUGUUACGUGUACUUGAUUCAAUGUCAUUUCAUAAAUUUAUCGAAGAACGUGGUCCACCUUUUCGAGUGUGUGACAUAUUCGAUGAAGUCUAUGCAUCAAUUUAUGAUCAAUUAAAACGUGAAAAUGACCAAAUAACAAAUAAUAAUAAUUCUACAACUGUCUUCGAACAGAUCAAAGAAUUAGCCAAUCAACUUUUAUUAAAUGAAACGGCAUCACCACAACAAACAUACACACAAAAAGUACCACAACCAUCACAAUCUGCUUUUAUGCGUGAUAGUUUAUCGGAGUUUCCACAUUUGGAUAAAGAACUAGUCAAUAUAGCAAUUAAAGAAGGACUUAAAAAACAACAAAACAGCCGGCCUUAUUCAGCUCGAGUUAGCCAGCCGUGUAUUGUAAAAUUGGGUACACCCAUUCAUGUACUUAACGGACGAAGUGAUAUUUCACAAUCAGCACGUCGUUUAGAAGUAUUAAAACAAUGUGUUGGCUUUAUUUUUAAUGAUAAAAUUGCAGAAGCAAAAAAAACAAGCGGGGCUGUAUUUUAUUCAAUUAAAAGUCAUGAAGAUGCUCGAAUUGCAUUAUGCAAUGAAUUGGCAUCAUAUAAAAAACAAAAUAAACCACGUUUAAAUAAUCAACAAUUCGAAAUGAUUGCUAAUUUACUGAAUUGUGCUCUUGAAGCAACUUCAUCAAUUGAUGAGCAUGGUAUUGCUUAUAUGAUGCUUACUUUAGCAACAACAUUUCAUCGAAAAUUAAGUGAAGAAGCAACACAAUUUAUCUACACGGAUAUUCAACGUCAUCCUGUCUGGGCGAAUAUGCAAUUUUGGGAAAUGGCAUUUUAUUCUGAUGUUCAACUGCAAAUACGAAAUCUGUAUUUAUCACAUGAAGAUUCAAAUCAAACAAAUAGUGAAAUUUCAACAGUCAACGAUUCGUUAUCAACAUCAUCAAGUGAUACAGUUACACAUCAAGGAUCAAUAUCAAUCACAACAAAUGAAUCAUCCAAUGAAAAUUCAUCUCAUCAAAAUGGAAUAACAAUACAUGAAAAAACUGCAUUAGAAAUAGCCGCCGAGCAAAUGCGUCUUUAUACACAAAAAACAUCUGAAGAGCAACGUACAAUUGAAGAUCUUGAAGAACAAACACUUUAUGCAUUAGCAAUUCAUUAUAUUCAAUUAAUGGUUUAUAUGAAACUUCCAUUAGAUAUUUCGUCUUCAACAAAUCUUCGACAUUCAAUAUACAAUCAUAGUUCAAAUAUAACCAGUGGUGAUGCCGACAGUGUUACAAGUGACUUUUAUCAUAGUACAAAUGAUCCGUUCAAUGUCCGAGACGUUGAUGAAACAUCCACGGUUGGCUCACAUGAUAGUGGAAAUGGUUUUGAUUUAAAUAAUGAUGACCAAGUAACUGAUCUUGUACUUAGUUUUGUUAAAAAAUUUGUGGAUAAAAUUUGUGAUGAGAGUGGAGUUAAUACAGCACAUAAAAAUAGUCUACACACAAAACUUUAUCAAACUGUUCAGAUACAAAUAGAAGUUCUGGAAAAAGUGUAUCGUGAAACAAGACGUGUUGCACCAAUGCCGAAACCAUUGUUACCACGUUUUGUUACAAUACCGGAAUUAUUUGAACAUGAAGAAUCGAUUGCGCUCCGUUCAUAUUUGUUGCCCGAUGGACGAGAUGAAUUUUUUAUUGGGCAUAAUUCUUUAUUACCAGCAGAAGGAGCUUUAAUUAUGACCAACUAUCGAUUGAUUUUUAAAGGUCGUCCAGUUAAUCCAGCUAUUGCAAAUGACUAUGUUAUCGUUCGCUCUUUUCCGAUUUCUUCAUUGAUUCGUGAAAAGAAACUUUCUGGUCAAUUUCGCCUUGAUAAUUCAAAUAUUUGUCUUCACAAUGGUAUUCAAUUACGAUCAGCAACAUUUCAAUUGAUCAAAGUUUUUUUCGAUGACGAAGUUCUUGUUGAUGAUAUUGAAAAAUUUCGUACAAAACUUGUCGAAAAGCGCUAUCCAGAGUCUGUUUUUCAAACAUUCUGUUUUUCCAUCUAUAGUGAUUAUAAUCCUGUUAUAAAUAAACAAAAAGAUGGAACACUCAAAAAAUACGGUCGUUAUGCUCGAAAUGUUUUACGCAAGAAAGGGCUUAUACCACCAAAAGAUUUAUCAACACAUCAAACAAUGUCAUUAAAAUCCAAUGGAACAAGUAGUGCAACUGGCGUUAAAACUUUAAAUGGUACAACUCGACAUCAACAAAACACACUGAUUCGUACACCUGAGCCGGCUCGACGUAGUUUGACGUUAACAAAUACACGUUCACCGAAAUCUAUCACGUUACAUAAUAACGAACGGCCAUUAACCGGCGUUUCAAAUAUAACAACACCAUCGACAAUACAUGAAUGUGAUGAAGGAAUUGUCGGAAAUAAUAGCGAUGAUGAAGAUGAAGAUAGAUCAUCAAAUACUAUUGAUGAUUCGAAUAAUUAUGCAACAAUAUCAAAUGAAACGAAGAGUCUUGAACGUUUCACCGACAGUUUUGUAUAUAAGGAUUUUGUUCGACAAGGUCUUAUUGUGACAACAUUUGCAUCGUCACGGUCAACAAUGCGUACAACAGCUGUUACAUCACUUACAUCGACAAUUUCAUUAGUCGGCUCGUCAAAUAUGAAUGAUAUUAAUUUAAAUAUGAAUGGGCAACAGUUAAUUAAUUCAACGAAUACCAAUAAUAAUAAUAAUAAUAAUAAUAAUAAUAAUAAUAAUAAUAAUAAUAAUAAUAAUAAUGGACUUAAUUCGGCAUUAGGAAUGAAUACGACAUCAACGACUAAUACGAUGAUGACUACUAGCGAUGAUUCUUUUCGAAUAUCACAUAUUAAUCGGAAUUUUGGUUUUUGUAGAAGUUAUCCAUUGGUACUUGUUUUACCCAAAGAUAUUCUCGAUGAAAGUGUGAAAAAAGUAGCACGAUGUCAUAAACUUCAACGAGUGCCGGUUAUUGUCUGGCGUAAUCCACGUACAAAAUCUCUUUUACUACGCGGUUCUUCAUUUUGUAAUAAAGGCUUUAUAAAUCUGCUCGUUAAAGGACCACAAACAAAUUCAAGUUCAUCAAGUGAUACAAAUGCAAGUAUAGAACAAGAACGUUAUUUUGAUGCUAUUGUAAAACUAACGCCAACAAAAAUGCCGUUUUCAACUGACCUUGGCGAUGGUGAUGAACCUGAAUCCACUGAUAUAACACCAUUAUCCGUUCGAAAAACGCCUCAUCAAUCAGCAACAAAUCGUUUGCAAAACCUUCUACCAACGCGCGUUCUACACGAUCGUCCACGAACAGCGAGUGUCAAUGUUCAUUCAAAUCUGGAUACAUUGCCGCGAAGUGAAACUGCAAGUUAUACAUCAAUGAAUUCGCCAACACCAUCAUCAAUAACAACGAGUGGUGGUCCAACAAAUGGAUCGACAAAUUUUGAUAUCGAUUUUAAUGAAUCGAUUUUACAAGUUCAUAAACGUUCACCACUUUAUAUUAUUGGUGAUCGAGCUCAACAUCGCACUGGUCGUCUUGAACAAUUUCAAAAUUAUUGUUUUCUUCCACUUGAAUUUCAUGAUAUUAGUCAAAUAAAAGCAAGUUUUAAAAAAAUGACACGUGCUUGUGUUCCGAGUAUGCCUGCGCAAACAACCAAUCAUCAUGCACAUAGUAAUGGAAUUGAUAUUUCAUCAGUGACACUUCCAAAUUCAAUGUCAUUCUAUAAACUUAUUGAAGAAUCACGAUGGCUUUAUCAACUACAAAAAAUCUUAUUGGUCUGCGUAUAUAUUGUUCAAUUCAUUGAAGAUCAUGCAUCAUCAGUAAUGAUUUGUGUUGAAGAUGGUUGGGAUACAGCAGCGCAACUUGUUUCAAUCAGCGAACUAUUGCUUGAUCCAUAUUAUCGAACAUUCGAAGGAUUUCAAACAUUAAUUGAACGUGAAUGGUUUGCGUUCGGACAUCGAUUUUCUCAUCGAUCAAAUCAAACUGCAACAAAUAAAACUGGCUUUGCACCUGUAUUUCUUCAAUUUCUCGAUAUUGUUCAUCAGAUUUGGAAUCAAUAUCCAACCGAAUUUGAAUUCAAUCAAUAUUAUCUUCGGUUUCUUGCCUAUCAUCAUUUAUCAAAUCGGUUUAAAAAUUUUAUGCUUGAUUGCGAUUGCGAACGUAAAAAAGAUCGAAAUUGGUAUGUUGAUACAACUCGUGAUUCGUUGACAGAUGAUAUUACUGGUUUGUACCGUUGUAAUACGAUAAAUAUUUGGGAUUAUAUAACAAAAGUCAAUCGAGAAUCAUCAAGAUUUUAUAAUUUUCUUUAUUCACCAUCGAACGAUAGUUGCAUUCUUCGGCCAUCCUAUAAAAUGUACUCCCUUGAUAUAUGGGAUUUUUAUUUAAGUGAAACAUUAGAAACAGGUUGUCCAUAUGAUCUUGAUAUAGCCGUAGCUGAACAUGAAGAACAUUUAAAUGACGCAGAAUUAAAACAACGUACGAAAUGUAUAUCAGCUAUUUAUGAUGAUACUAGUAUUUGUUUACCAGAUUUUUUCAAUGAAAUUGUUUCGGAAAUGUCGAAUACUUUACAAUAUAUAAAUAGUGAAUCGUGGAAAAUCUAUUGGGAUAAAAUUGAAAAACCUGAACGAGAAAAAGUACAGCGUCUUUCAAUACAAGAUGAAGUCCAUAAACGAAUGAGUUCUCCUCAAAUUUAUCUGCAACCACAGCGAUCACUUUCAUCAUCGAUUUCGUCUACACGUACAUCAUCUCUAUAUGGUUCUCAUUCGUAUGAAUUUAAACAAUUUUCCACACCACAAAUUUGCGAUGCUUGCGAUGAAUUAAUUGAUUCGAAAAAAUCACCACAUGAUGGAAUACGAGCAUUUCAAUGUCGUGAUUGUUUGAAUGUUUGCCAUGAAAAAUGUCGAUCCAUCGCUUCAUGUAAACCAUGCAGACGAGUCGGCGGUAAUGGAUCAUCGGAAUCUCAAAUUGUUGUUAACUCAACACGUUUUGAAACAGGCAGUGUGACAGGUGUUUAUGAUCACCAUGGAUUAUCACAUCCAUUUUCAUCGUCAAGUGUUACUGCAAAUAAUUCAGGUCCACAACAUCGAACACAUGAAGGCUACUUAAGAAAACGAGGUCAUCUAUUAAAACAAUGGAAAGAACGAUGGUUUGUACUUGAUUCUGUACGACACGAGCUUCGAUAUUACGACAGUAGCGAUGAUCAAACAGCAAAAGGCGUUAUUCUUUUGGCUGAUGCUGUAGAAAUUCUACCUUAUACUGGUCCAUUUCCAAAUGCUUUAAGACGAUUCGAUAGUCGAGCGGCUUUCGAAUUACAUACAAAUCGCCGUAUUUAUAAUUUUAUUGCUGCAACACCUCAAGAUGCUCAAACAUGGACUGAAAAAAUCAAAUCGUGCCUUCUGGAUUCUUAA